AACGCGAGCGCUAACUGGCGGAAAUAUUUGAAGAUUUAUUAUGUAAGCCCUUCCGGCACAUUUGUCAGUCUUUUUGUAGAAAGCGUGGCGUGACGUGCAUUUGUGAAUUUUCAUAGGAAAAGAAUUUGCGUAAGUUAGGAUAUUUCCUCAUGUUAAAAAUCUAUUUAAUUUAGUAAUAUUUAUUGGUUAGAUUUGGCUGAACUCCUUGGGAGACGAUCAAGCUAAGUCCUGAGUCAGGAAAAAGAGUUAUAACUUGGUAGGUUCGAUAAACGAUUGAAAGAAAUUUAAAAUGGCGUCAGGAUAAAAAUUAUUAAUUGAAUUACAGGUUGUAAACUUUCAAAAAGCUUGAGGUUGGUGGAAGCAAACGGAGGCCGUUUGAGAUUAAAGGACCACCAACAUUCAUUCAUUCAUUUGUAAUCAGCCAUUUAGUCAUCGCCAAAGUAAUCAAGUCCUUGCAGUCCGCCACGGGGAAAUUGAGUUAAUAAAAAUAAAUACAGUCCACUAUCUCUUGAUUUGUUUGACCCAGGGGACUUGGUCCCCAACAAGUGGUCCUUCUCACCGUGGAUCAGUGACUGCAACGGACUGCAGAGGAUUUGAUUGUUCUGUCCGGAAAGGACCGCGAUUGUCGCGAUUGUGAUUCUUGAUUUGUGAGGGCUUUCCAGACGAAUAGCACGAUGCCUCGCAAGAGCCAAAGGGCAACAAAAGGUCGACCUCCAAAUCGUUAUGGCUUUGAUGAGGAGGAUGACGACCUUGAACUGACUCUCACUCAGGCUAAGAUUGAGAGAACUCGUAAGGAAAUGGAGUUUUUGUCAUUGCGGGAAAAGGAACUUGAGUUGCGCCAAAGUAUGAUGAAAUCUAAGCGGAUGAAUUCACCAACAAUUCUGGGGGAUGUCCAGGGGGAUAUUCCAAGGACCUCAACACCUUUUUCAUCGAAUUCACGCAAGAAAGUUGAACUUUUCAACCCUCUGGUUACGAGGGGAAAUGUCGUGUCUGAUGAUGAAGAGGCACCAGUGAAUCUGGACGUGAUCGUUGACAGGUUUGCAGAGUUCCAGAAGAAACUGAUUGACGACGCAGCCCCGAAGAAGGAAGUUCUCACAAUGACAAAUGAUCAGUUCCAUUCGGCAAUUCAGGAAGCUGUGAAGGCUAAAGAGAGAGAAAUUGCCACCAAACUUACUGGCUCCAAAGUGAAGCAAAAUGCCACUAAUGAUGUGGACAAACACUCAAAAACGUCAUCGGAUGUUUUGGAGGUUAUGGAGCGUUUUCUUGUACGCCAAUCUUUUGGAACAGAUGUACAAAAGUUUGAUGGGAGUGUGAAGGAAUGGCCGUUGUUCCGUGCUUGGUACGAGAACACUACCCAGACGUGUGGAUAUACGGAUGUUGAGAGACUCAACCUGCUUCAGAGGUGUCUCACUGGAGAAGCCAAAGAAACAGUCAGAUUUCUUCUCUACUCAGCAUCGAAUGUGAACAAGGCUUUGUCGUCACUGGAAGAGCGAUAUGGACAACCUGAACAUCUGAUUCGCACCAUGAUUGCACAGGUGAAGGCUUACCCACCUGUAAGAGUAGACAAGCCGGAGAGCUUGGUUGAAUUUUCCACUAUGAUGGUGAACAUGGUAGCAGCGAUUGAGGAAUUCAACCGAAUGUGCUACAUUGAUAAUCCCCAGCUGCUGGAUGAGCUUGUGCUAAAGCUCCCGAUGUCAAUGCAGAUUUCUUGGUCAGAAUUCCAGGUGACCAAGAGCUACGUGACAGUGAAAACCUUGUGUGACUGGAUUGCGGUAAAGGCCAGGGCGGCGAAUUAUCGUGUACAGGUUAGGGACUCAGCGAAAAUUGAGCAGAAACCUGUCAAAGGCAAAACCGUGGCAACUGUCAAUGAAUUGACCGAGCUGAGAGCCGAAAUGGCGGCAUGCAGCUUUUGCAAGGGAAAACAUGCCCCACAAAAUUGUGAGACUUUUAAGAAGCUCAAAAUAAGCGACAGAUGGAAGAUUGUGAGAGAAAAGGGAGUUUGUUUCAGAUGCUUGAAGCCAAAUCAUUCUCUCUCAACUUGCAGUGAUAACGGAAAAUGUCCAAAACCUGGUUGUGGUCAGAAACACCACAAUCUUCUUCACAGAGAUGACAAGCAGCAAAUGUUCUCUCUAGCUCAGAGAGAAGAUGAGGAGAAGCUAGAUGCUUCAGAUUUCCCUACUGAGACUGAUCAGGACUCGGAUCAGGAAGAUGAAAUUUCCCCACAGAGGGGAAUUGUGAUGACUGGAGCCACAGUGGCUCAUGCCAAUACGAGUAAUAAGAUUCUCAUGAAGAUACUUCCGGUGUAUGUUACUGGACCGAAAGGUACCUUGAAGGUCUACUCCUUUUUGGAUGAGGGCUCCAUGCUGACAAUGAUGAAGGCAUCUCUAGCAGAGAAAUUGGGGCUUAGUGGACCAAAGUGCCCUCUGACGUGGCAAGGAGCUGGACCGACAGCAUGUACUGAUCUGACAUCGACUGUUGUCAACUGUAGAAUCAGAGGUACUCAUCCCAAAGCCAAGGAGUAUUUAAUGCAGAAAGUUAGGACUGUCUGUGAGUUAAGUCUCCCUAGGCAGACAGUGGAUAUGGAAGCACUGUCACGGGACUGGAAACAUAUGGCCGAUGGUCAUUCUGAAUCCAUGGUGGAUGCAGAGCCCGAUCUGCUGAUAGGGCUGGACAACACUCCCUUGAUUGUGUCACGGGAGAUUAUCCACGGACCGUGGAACGCUCCCUAUCUGGCUUUAACUUGGUUAGGCUGGGUAGUAAUGGGAAAAUUGAAUAAUCAAACCUCAUGUGAGGUAAAGACCUACUCCUACUCUAUUGUGGAACGCAAAGAUGAGCUGUAUGAAAUGGUGAAGAAUUCCUUUUCCUUGGAGGGCUUUGGUACUGAAGGUCAAGAGAAGGUACUCUCUCGUGAAGAUAAGAGAGCUCUUGAAAUCAUGAAGCGCACCACCCGUAGGACGAGUGAUGGGCGUUUCGAGACUGGAUUGCUGUGGAAGCAAGGUCAUCAACCAAUUGUGCCAGAGUCAAGAGAUGUAGCUGUCAAGCGCUUGUACACCAUGGAGAGGAAACUAGACAGAGAUCCGGCAUUGGCCGAGGCUUACUGUGCCAAGAUAAGUGAUCAUCUUGAGAAGGGAUACUUGAUAAAGCUCACAGAAGAAGAUAGGAUGACUCCUACUGGAAAUACUUGGUAUCUUCCACACUUUGCGGUUUUUCACCCGGCUAAGGGAAAAAUUCGAGUGGUAUUUGACUGUGCGGCUAAGUCAGGGAAUGUAUCACUUAACGAUCUGCUGAUGAGCGGGCCAGACUUAUUGAAAUCACUUCCGGCAGUGUUGGAAAACUUCAGAAAGGGUAAAUUCGCAUUCACUGGAGACAUCAAGGAGAUGUUUCAUAGAGUUUAUGUUAGGGCAGAAGAUACCAACUAUCAAAGAAUCCUAUGGAGAGGAAUGGAUAGGAAAAAUGAGCCAGAAGAGUACAAGAUGAAUGUGAUGACAUUUGGGGCAUCUUGUUCUCCCACUCUAGCGUCAUAUGUGAAGAAUCUAAAUGCCCAAGAAUAUGCCGAAGAAUUCCCAGAGGCAGUGAAGGGAAUACUACACAAUACAUACUGUGACGAUUAUCUGGGAUGUGCAGAUACCAUUGAGGAGUCUCGCGGAUUGAUCAAGGAUAUUGUUCAGGUUCAUAAAGCCGGUGGCUUUGAUAUAGUGAACUGGACAGCCAAUGACAGCAGAAUUCUUAAUUGUGUGAGUGACACGAUGAAAAGUUUGAAUGCGAAGGAUGAACCUGAAAGAAUUCUUGGCUUGUGGUGGGACUCUUCUGAAGAUGUCUUCACUUUCAAGACCACAUUCCAUCGCGUCGCAUCUGAUAUUCUGUCUGGAGAGAAGAUACCCACAAUGAGAGAAGUAUUACGGCUGGUAAUGUCAAUCUUCGAUCCAUUGGGAUUUUUGGCUAUGUUUUCGGUGAAAGGAAAGAUGAUUCUCCAAGAGAUUUGGCGUCAGAAAAUUGGAUGGGACGACAUCAUUUAUGGUGUGGCUUUGGAGCAGUGGCAAGCAUUCAUCAAGGAGCUAAAAAUGAUUGACACAGUGAAGAUACCGAGAUGUUAUUCUCCGAAACUUCCGGAAGCAACUUCAAUCCAGCUACACGUCUUUGGAGACGCCAGCGAGAGUGCCUAUGCAUCAGUUGCAUAUUUACGGAUUGAAAGUGAAAAUAGUGUUGAAGUGGCUUUUGUGUGUGCUAGAACUAAAGUUGCUCCAUUGAAAGCUACCAGUAUCCCAAGACUUGAGUUACAAGCUGCAGUGCUUAGUGCGCGAGUUAGCGUUGCGGUAAAAACAUCUUUGGAUCUUGAAUUUGAUCGAGUGGUUUUGUGGACGGAUUCCCUAACGGUGAUGGGGUGGAUCAAAAGUGAUUCUCGUAGAUACAAGCAGUUUGUUGGACACAGAAUAAGUGAAAUUGACCAACUGACAGAGAUUCAUCAAUGGAGAUGGAUUUCGACUACACAGAAUCCAGCUGAUUUGGCCACGCGUAGAAAGCCGUGUGAUUUCAGUGCGUCCUCUAAAUGGUUCACUGGGGCGCCCUUCCUGAAAUUGGAGGAGGAACAAUGGCCUCAAGAUGAUAAAAAACAAAAAGUUGCAGACAAUGGAGACAUUGAGGUGUUUCAAGUGUUAGUGAAUGUUGAAAGGUUUAUUGGAAAUCGUCUGAUUCCAGAGAUGAGUCGUUUUUCCCGCUGGAAUCGACUUGUCAGAGCGACUGCUCAAGUGAAAAAUUGUGCGCAGUUUUGGUUGGAAAAGUGGCGUAAAGCGAAAGAAAAUCUAAAAACAAGUGAAUUACCCGGACUCAAAGUGAGUGAUUUGAUAGAAGCAGAAAAAGUGUUGCUUCAGGAAAUACAGUCAGUGUACAGAAGAGAAAUACAGUGUCUCCAAGAGGGAAAAGUAAUUCCCAAAGAAAGUGAUUUGUAUCAUUUGACGCCAUUUGUGGAUUCUGAUGGAUUAUUGAAAAUGAGAUCACGUUUGCAAAAUAGUGAAGUGCGAGUAAAGUGCCCCAUUAUUCUUCCGCCGAAGCACGUGGGGACAAAGUUGAUUAUUAGUGAUUUUCAUGUUCGGAAUCAUCACCAAGGACGAGAACAAGUUGUAAACAACGUUCGUGAAAGAUUUUAUAUUCCAAGAGUGAGAGUGGCAGUCAAGAGGGCUUGGCAUGAGUGUCAAAUUUGCAAAAACAAACGCGCCCAACCUUUGAUUCCUGAAAUGGCCGUGCUUCCAUCCGCAAGAGUUAAUGAUUCAGUGUAUCCCUUUGUAAAGAGUGGAAUGGAUUAUUUUGGACCAUUAGAAGUGAAGGUGGGUCGUCGUGUGGAGAAAAGAUGGGGAGUAAUCUUCACUUGCCUAGCGACUCGUGCUGUGCACUUGGAAGUCGCACACUCCCUGACGACAGACAGUGCCAUCAUGGCAAUUAGACGUUUCAUGAAUCGACGCGGAUCUAUAACUGAUAUGUUCUGUGAUAAUGGAACAAAUCUUCGAGGAGCUGAUAACGAAUUUCGACGACUUUAUGCAGCCGUAGAUGAAAAGAAGAUUCAGGAAACCUUCUCCGAAAAGCGUGUGGAAUUUCACUUUAAUCCACCAGCCGCACCACAUAUGGGCGGUGUUUGGGAAAGACUUGUCCGUUCCGUCAAAGUUGUAUUGAAAGAGGUCAUGAGGACACGGCAUCCCACUGAUGAGGAGUUGCACACAUUCUUUAUUGAAGUGGAGUAUAUUCUAAAUAACCGGCCUUUAACUUAUGUGUCGAUUGAUCCUGAUGACGAGACUGCCAUCACUCCCAAUCAUUUCUUGAUUGGAAGAUCUGGAGAGAACCGACCGAUUGGGACCUUUGAUGACAGCGAUUUGUUCCUCCGCAAAGCAUGGAGACGAGCUCAGUAUUACGCAGACCAUUUUUGGCGUAGAUGGAUGCGUGAGUACCUUCCCGAGUUGACAAGACGAACUAAGUGGUAUUCUACCACUAAAACUAUCAAGAUUGGAGAUGUCGUUGUUGUGUGUGAUGAACAGUUACCUCGCAACCAGUGGCCCUUGGGUCGAGUGGAAGAAGUAUUUCCUGCCCCUGAUGGGAAAAUUCGUUCAGCGAUGGUAAGAACUCGUUACGGCCUAUACAAGAGACCAGUUGCAAAGCUUGCUGUGCUGGACGUGGAGUAGGUGGGUGCAGGAGCACCAGAGGGGAAAAUGUUGGAAACGCGAGCGCUAACUGGCGGAAAUAUUUGAAGAUUUAUUAUGUAAGCCCUUCCGGCACAUUUGUCAGUCUUUUUGUAGAAAGCGUGGCGUGACGUGCAUUUGUGAAUUUUCAUAGGAAAAGAAUUUGCGUAAGUUAGGAUAUUUCCUCAUGUUAAAAAUCUAUUUAAUUUAGUAAUAUUUAUUGGUUAGAUUUGGCUGAACUCCUUGGGAGACGAUCAAGCUAAGUCCUGAGUCAGGAAAAAGAGUUAUAACUUGGUAGGUUCGAUAAACGAUUGAAAGAAAUUUAAAAUGGCGUCAGGAUAAAAAUUAUUAAUUGAAUUACAGGUUGUAAACUUUCAAAAAGCUUGAGGUUGGUGGAAGCAAACGGAGGCCGUUUGAGAUUAAAGUAAGGAUUGAAUUGUUUGAAUUAAAGAAAUGAAUUGAAGUGUAUAUUUAUUUUAGGGACCACCAACAUUCAUUCAUUCAUUUGUAAUCAGCCAUUUAGUCAUCGCCAAAGUAAUCAAGUCCUUGCAGUCCGCCACGGGGAAAUUGAGUUAAUAAAAAUAAAUACAGUCCACUA